GCGUCGUGCUGAGUACGCUCUUGCUGCCGAGUCACCUCUCCUCAGCCUCGCCUUACCGGCCUCAGGUCUCAUCUCCCAAGUCACUGUUCCACUCGCAGUGGUCCCCGAGGCCUGUCCGCCGAGGACCGCAGGGUGAAGAUGCCGAACAUCAAGAUUUUCAGCGGCAGCUCCCACCAGGACCUGUCCCAGAAGAUCACCGACCGUCUGGGCCUGGAACUGGGCAAGGUGGUGACUAAGAAAUUCAGUAACCAGGAGACGUGCGUGGAAAUUGGUGAAAGCGUCCGAGGAGAGGAUGUCUACAUUGUGCAGAGUGGUUGUGGUGAAAUCAAUGACAAUCUGAUGGAGCUUCUCAUCAUGAUCAAUGCCUGCAAGAUCGCCUCAGCAAGCCGAGUCACUGCUGUCAUCCCUUGCUUCCCUUAUGCCCGGCAGGACAAAAAGGACAAAGUAGGAGCAGACUCCAAUGUGAGCCGAGCCCCAAUCUCGGCCAAGCUUGUGGCAAAUAUGCUGUCUGUAGCAGGAGCAGAUCAUAUAAUCACCAUGGACCUUCAUGCCUCUCAGAUUCAGGGGUUUUUUGAUAUCCCAGUGGAUAAUCUAUAUGCUGAGCCAGCUGUUCUGAAGUGGAUAAGAGAGAACAUUGCCGACUGGAAGACCUGCUGUAUUGUAUCCCCUGAUGCUGGUGGAGCUAAGAGAGUGACUUCAAUUGCAGAUCGACUGAAUGUUGACUUUGCUCUGAUUCACAAAGAGCGGAAGAAGGCCAAUGAAGUCGACCGAAUGGUGCUAGUGGGAGAUGUCAAGGACCGAGUAGCCAUUCUAGUGGAUGACAUGGCUGAUACUUGUGGUACUAUCUGUCAUGCAGCAGAUAAACUUCUGUCAGCUGGAGCCACCAAAGUUUAUGCCAUCCUUACUCAUGGAAUUUUUUCUGGUCCAGCUAUUUCUCGAAUUAACCAUGCCUGCUUCGAGGCAGUUGUUGUCACAAACACAAUACCUCAGGAAGACAAGAUGAAACAUUGCCCCAAGAUACAGGUGAUUGACAUCUCUAUGAUCCUGGCUGAGGCCAUCCGGAGAACUCACAAUGAAGGUUUGAGCAGAUUCCUUGCUGCUCCAGCUGUAGCUGCCUGGUGCUUUGCUGCUGAGCUGUUAGCCAGCAUCGAACCAAAGUGACUGAUGUUGGCGUUCCUAUUCAACCAUAAGACUUCAAUGAAGGAAUUAAACUUACUUUGAAAGCA